CCAACAUCCGCAACUUCAAUGACGUAAAAAGCUUCCGCCAACGUUCAAGGUGCAAUAAAUAAUUCAACUCGAAUAUCUUCCUUGACUAUCCAUCGAUUUCACACUCUUCCCCACCCACUGCCUGCCCUCCAAACCCGAGAUCCCAUCUACUGUUGAAAAAAAAAAAAAAAAUCAAAAAAUCAAAAUCAAAAUCAAAAUGCCUAUCCCCGUAUACUACACCGAGGGAUGCCAAGAAUCCCACCCCUCCAGCGAAGCCCGAGCUGGCGAAAGUCGCGCCUCCGAUACCACCAACAGUGCUAGCAAUGCUUCCAGUACCGGCUUUGGAAGCGGCUAUACCUCUGCCCUGAAUGACCAGGGCGAGCCGUUGAGCAAAGAGGAGGCGGACCGGUUGUACGAGGAACGCAUGGAAGAGGAGAAGACGGGAAAGGAUCUACGGGGUGUGAUUGGCUGGUAA